GCGUGUCCUGUACCUGUGUUCGAAGGUCUGCACUGGAGGAAGAUAGCGUGUGGUGUUCACAGUCUUGACAGCGCAAGAGUGUGACAAGUCUACUCUGUACACUAAUCUGAACUCAAAUGAGAAAAUAGAAAAUCCCAGGUUUCAAAAAGAUUUGAAAUAAAGCCUAUACACUCAGUUAUUUUUCAGAUACAUUGAGCCUUCACAGCAAUCAGAUCGAGGCUGCUGUGAGAAGAUGAGCUAGCGGCGGGAGAGGAGCGGGAGCGGAGCCUGCUGAUUGGUGCGUGCGAGCGUGCCAGCGUGCGUGAGACGGAGAAGCCGGCGCGGUGAAGAUGGCCUGCCGAGCCUCGUCGCAGCGCCCCCUGCUGUUCCUCGCCUUCGUGACGGCUCUGUGGGGGUUCCCCUUCAGGCCCUCCCUCGACUUGGACGUCACCCCCAGGAUUACGGUCUUCUCCAAUGGGCUGCUGGGCUGUCGGCGUUUCAGCGGCGGAGCUCUGAACUACAGCACCCUGCUGCUGGAGGACGGCGCGGGCGUCCUGUACGUGGGGGCCAGGGGCGCGGUCUUCGCCCUGGACGCCAGCGACAUCGCCGCCCCCGGCAACAACCUGACCAUUGAGUGGGAGGCGUCGGCAGAGCAGAAGAGGCAGUGCUUAAACAAAGGGAAGGACAAUCAGACCCAGUGCUACAAUCACAUCAGAUUUCUCCAGAGGUACAACGAGACGCACUUGUACGUCUGUGGAACGCACGCCUUCAGACCCCUCUGUGCCUACAUAGAUGCAGAGCACUUCAGGUUCUCCUCUGCUUUUGAGGAGGGGCGGGAGAAGUGCCCCUACGACCCGGCCAAGGGCUACACUGGACUCCUCGUAGAUGGUGAGAUGUACACAGCCUCCCAGUACGAGUUUCGCAGCUCACCCGACAUUCGACGUAACAUCCCGUACCCCAUUGUGAAGACAGAGGAGGCGCCUACCCGCUGGCUGCUUGAGGCUGAUUUUGUGGGGUCAACACUGGUGAGAGAGAGCAUAAACAGCUCGAUUGGGGACGAUGACAAGAUCUACUUCUUCUUCACCGAGAAGAGCCAGGAGUCAACGCCGUACUUCAGCCAGACCAAGGUGGCCAGAGUGGCUCGGGUUUGCAAGAGCGACUGGGGGGGCCAGAGGACGCUCCAGAGGAAGUGGACGUCCUUCCUGAAGGCCCGGUUGGUCUGCUCCGUCCCCGACUACGACUUCCACCUGAACGUGCUGCGCAGCGUGUUCGUGGUGGAGGGCCAGAGCCCGCAGAACACCGUCUUCUACGGAGUCUUUGGCCUGGAAUGGAAAAAUGUCAAAGCAUCUGCUGUGUGCCAGUACUCCAUUGCGGAUGUGCAGAAGGCUUUCGAGGGCUCCUAUGUGGAGAGCCAGGACUCCUCUCAGAAAUGGGCAGAAUACAGAGGGAAGGUUCCGGAACCCAGACCAGGCUCGUGCAUCACCAACCGGUUCCGAGCCAAAGGCUUCAACUCGUCCUUCGACCUGCCCGACGACGUGCUGAACUUCGUGAGGAGGCACCCGCUGAUGUUUCAGCAGGUCCGACCCCGGGAGAACCGCCCCCUGCUGUUCAAGAGGAGCGUGGACUACACCAAGAUCGCCGUUCACCGGGUGGCCGCCCUGGACGGCCGGCCGUACGACGUCCUUUUCGUCGGCACAGAUGAAGGCUGGCUUCACAGAGCUGUGCAAAUCGGGGGUCAGGUGCACGUCAUAGAGGAGCUGCAGCUGUUUGAGGAUCCGCAGCCAAUCGACACCAUGGUCAUUUCCCGGGAACAGAGGAGCAUCUACGUGGGCUCCGCCUCUGGAGUUCUCCAGCUGCCCCUGUCCACCUGUCACCGGUACGCCUCCUGUUUCGACUGCGUCUUUGCGCGGGACCCCUUCUGCGGCUGGGACGGCUCAGGGUGUGUGGAGAUCGCGUCUGUGACGGACAGAUCCAGUCUUACCCAGGACAUUGUUAAUGGAAACAGAGGGUGCGAGUCUGACACAGGAGAAGAUGCAGUAGUCCACCGCACGCGCUCAGUGAUGGAGGGGGAUGAUGUGCUCCUGCAAUGUGAACUCCAGUCCAACCUGGCCUCCCCACAGUGGACACUGGACGGCAGAGAGCUGCAGGGUUAUGGGCUCAACUCGGGGUAUCGCGUCGGCAACGAUGGCCUGCUCAUUAUUGGGGCCCGCGUCGAGCAGAGUGGCCACUACCGCUGCUUCGCCGUGGAGAACCAGGUCCAGGUGCUAGCGGCCAGCUACACCAUCACAGUCCGGCCCGACUCGCCUCCCCCGACCCCGCCUUCGGGCGCUAAACGUACCACCACUACUAUGAAGAUGAACCCCCCUUCCUCACCCACGCCCCUUCCCCCCACCAGCAACCCUACCGAACAGCCCCUUCCCUCUCCACCCUCUCCCCCUGCCCCCUUGCCUGCUGGCCCGGAGUUCCAGACCUACAGGAACAUGGAGGUCAUGUACAUCUCCCUAGUGGUGAUUCUGGGCGGGCUCUGUGUGGUGCUGUCGGUGGUCCUGCUCUACGUGGCCUUCUGCGUGCAGGGACGGAGGCGAGGCAGGAAGUACUCCGUGCAGGGCCUCCGGCUCGACAGGAAGAGGAGCUCCCACAUGGAGCUCAAGACCGUCUCCAGCCACUGCAACGGAAAGAGGGAGGGUCCGGGCGCCAGGGGCAGCGGCGACGGUGGGGACGGCCCCGACGGGCUCCUGCAGAUAGUGCCGGGCGAGGGCCAGGCGUCGCCCAACAAGGACUCCUCCCCACCCACGCCAGCGCCCCCGCUCCCACAGCCCCCUCCCCUGCCCACCUCCGAGUACGUCAACGGGCUUUCGGCCACCCUGCCCAGCGUCCUGCGCAAGAUGAACGGGAACAGCUACGUGCUCCUGCGGCAGGCCGACGCGGAGACCACCUCACCGCUCUACCACUCGUUCACAGAGGAGCUCAACAAGAUCCUGGAGAAGCGGAAGCACAACCAGCUGGUGACCAAGCCGGACGAGAGCUCUGUGUAGCUCCCCCCUGUGGUGGGAAGGUCUCACUGCGCGCCCAAGUGCCUGAGGGCCUGUUUAUCCGUCUUUACACCCCAGAGCUUCUGCGGUUUUCCCAACAUCAAACUCAACAGGUGCAGCAGCAACCCCACGUCACAUUUUCAGUUUUACAGAAAGUGUGAGUUCAGUUUCCCUGGGGAAGAAAUGUAUUACCUGGUCAGGAAGUUCUGACUCAAGACUCUUUGAGAGAGAAUUUUUUGUUGUUGUUCAAGAUCUGUGGCUAUCACCUACCUUUGGCACAUACCUUCUCACCAUGUAAUGGUGAAAUGGAGGUACUAAAGGUUCUUUGAGGGAGACACUCAACAAGUGUAAUCACCAUUUUCUAGGUCUGGAUAUUUCCCACAAAAAAGACAUCUACCUCAGGAAACUAGUAUGCACUGUUGACCCUCUGUGGAUAAUUUGGUAAAGAGGCAGGGUCUGACUAGAAUUGCUGGAUCAGUAGACAAUGUUGAUGAGGACGAGAGAAUUGUUGAAGAUAUACACAGGGGCAGUGAGCUGGCAAUGACCUAUGUUACAAACUACAACCCACCCCUUCCAUUUGUGGAGGGAAGGGGGGAGGGCUGAGACAGGACAGUGUCUUGCUACAUAUGUACACUGAUGGCCGGAGUGACACCUUUGGGAAGAAGGAUGAUCUUCUCAUGAUGGAAUAAUACAACCAAUACAACCCAUGCCCCAGCUUGAUUUUGCUUGCUUUUGUUCUCAUUGUAAAAUAUGUAAAUAUUGACAGUGAUGAAAAAGAAAAAUCAGCAGCAGUCAGCCAGCCAGUGAAUUACGCUGCCGCUUUGCUAAUGUGAAUGCUUGUGUAGAAGCCGAAAAGGAAGAUUGGACAUGUAAAUCUUUUAAAUCGUAUUUUAUAUGAAGCAAAUGUGAUGCCAGUUGGCAUGGAUGCCAGUAUUAAUUGUUGGGAUGCACUUUUUUUUGUUUCAACAUGUCUUCCUGGGAGGCUGACCUCUGCCUCUCUUUGGACUAGUGAGAAGGCGGGGGAGGGGCAGGGUGUGUGUGUGUGUGUUGGG